AUUCAGAUAGAUACCAUGAUAGACGUGGAACUUUUCCUGGCGUACGUGACCCACCAAGUGAAACACACCUUUCACUGUAACCGUGCCACCUACCUGGCCAUGAAGGGCUUCUUACACUUCCUCCAAAGGCGUUACUCUGAGGCUCUCCAAACAUUCGAAGAAGCCGAAAUAGUACUUUGGCAGGAACAUCCGACCAACCAUGCCAGGGAGGUUCUGACAACGUAUGGGAACUACGCCUGGAUUUACUAUUACUUGACCAACUACCACAAGGUCAAGUUCUACCUGGACCGAAUCCAUGGAUUCUGCCAAUCCCUGGACAGCCCUCAGCCAUAUUCCAUGAUAAUGGCAGAAAACCAAGCCCAGAAAGGCUGGUCUCUCCUUGUUGGGGGCUUCCGUACCGGAGAGCUGGCCUUGAGGUGCUUCCAGGAGGCCCUCAGAGAAGACCGGUCUAAUAAGGAAUACUUAGCAGGCCUGGCAAUCUCUCUUUACUACUCCUACAAACACACGGGGACAGAGAUGUACAUGGAAAAAGCCCAAGGACUGUUGGAACUGGUGGUUCUGAACCAACCUCAAAACUACGUGUUGAAAGUCUACUUGGCCAACCUGCUUGUCAGGAAGGAUGAGAGGAGAACCUUGAGGCUCUUGGAGGAGGUGAUCCAGAACAGCUUCAGCGCUGACGUCUUGAGAAAAGCGGCCCAUUUGUAUUCCUCAGAGCUGAAAUGGAUGUCCCGGGCCAUUUCGGUUUUGGAAAGGGCUGUCACUCUGGAUCCCAAGUACUAUUUCUUGCACUAUGAACUUGGGAGCUGCUACAGGUAUCAGAUGGAGGUAGCGUCUCCCUCAGACCGAGAAGCUCUGCUGGAGUCGGCAAUGGUCUGUUUCCAACGGGCUGCAGAAAUUGAUUCCUUGUUUGUCUAUCCCAGGUUGGAACUGGCCAAAAUCUAUGGGGAAAAAAACCCUGCGUAUGAGGAAGAGGUUUAUCUCCAAUUGCUAGAGGACUUGUCCCAUGUCAACAAGACCUGCCAACAUCUCAUCCAUCUCUGCUGGGGGGACUUCCUUCUCCAUAAGAAGGGACAGAAGGUGGAGGCCCAAGAAGCAUACAUGGCCGGUCUCAAUCUCUUUCCUGAACCCGGGACAAGGAGAGAACAGGCGAAGAUGCGGCUGAGGAAGCUGGCAGAUAUGUUUGAGAUGGUCUCUGAAAAGGAGCGAGCUAGUGCCAUCUAUGCCCUGCUUGAAGCAGAAGAACACCCAGAGUCCAAUGCUCAGGAGGCCAGUGGUCCAUAG